UCGAAUUUGUAUGAGAAAAUUCUUGAAAUUGAAAAUUUGAAAUUCUACAGUGGAAACACCAGAAUUGCAAAAAGAAUCAUUUUGAAAAGAACUCCAAAAUCCAAAUAGUCUGAAUUGUUUUGCUUUGUUUUUGAGCUGUUUCAAUGGCUUUACGACGAGAUUCUGCACAAAGCAGCCUUCCUUCUAUUGGGAUUAUCGGGACAGGAUAUGCGUCUCGUAUCAUCGUGCCAUUGUUGCGUUCUGUCGGCUUCAACAUUGCUGCUGCUUGGGGCAACAAUGCAGUCAAAGUAAAAAACAUGGCCGAGAGUUUAAAUAUUCCUGUUUAUACCACCAAAAUAGACGAACUGCUUUUACGGAACGAAGUCGACCUUGUCUGUGUGUUCUGUCCGCCUCAUUUGAGAGCUGAUGUGACCGUCAAGGCGUUACUGAUUGGUAAAAAUGUCAUUUGCGAGGGGCCGGCAGGUUUGGACAAGAUGGAUGCGCAACGGAUGGUGGACGCCUCCCAGUAUUACCCUAAACUGCUAUCCUUGAUGGCGCAUCAGUUACGCUACCUCCCAGCCUUCGUUAAAAUGAGAGAGUUGAUCUCGGAAGGCUUUUGUGGGGACUUAACGAUAUACGAUUGCCGUGUUGAAAUGGAAUCGCUGCUCGGAACUAAGUACAACUGGCUUUGCGACCUCGUUAUGGGCGGUGGUGGCUUAAACCUAAUUGGCAGCCAUUUUAUUGACUUAUGCCAAUUUCUCACUGGUCAAAAAGCUACUGAAGUUCAUGGUGUCCUAAAGACGUUCAACAAGCACACCGAACACAUACAAGGCUUUCGGCACAUAACGAGCGACGAUUUUACUUGUUUUCAAAUGAAAAUGGACAACGGUUGUUUUGCAAAUGUCUCGUUAAACACUCACAUGCCAGGAAAAUUUAAACAAGAGGUCAUGGUCGUCGGCACAAAAGGCCGACUGGUCGUUAGAAAUGGUGAUCUUUACGGCGUUAGCCUUGAACAGUCGAACGAGGAGAAGUUGCUGUAUAAGGAACGAGGGCGUGUUCCACCCCUGUUGAAUAUUAAGAAUUUGCCUCCUGAUAUUUAUGUUCUGGCAUUUGAGAAAUGGCUUCAGGCUGUCAAGAAAUCUUUCCUAAAUCAAGAGGAUCACAGGAGUUCAAAUUUGGAUUUCGUAUCGAGUGCUGCAAAGUUUGACGAUGGUAUAAUUGCUAGUUUUAUCAUGUAUUCGUUUACCAACAAAUACUGCUUUGCAGAGUAACCAUACCGGCAUACCAGACACUGAUGGUGGUACUUGGUGAUAAUACGUCACUAAAUUUUUGUCAUAAAAUAGUCCAUUGUCUGUUUAGGAUGUAGCACAAGGAUCGUGGGCGGAUUUACUGAGGGGUUACCCCCCCCCCCUAGAAACUCCCUAACCUCUCUAAUAAAGUGUUCAACCCCACCAAAAGGUCGCUUCACUCCUCCUAUUUUGUGUGAAAGGCUUUAACCCAAAUGCCUAACCCCUGCCGAAGCUCACUGAGUGGUGCCGCUAAGGCUUGCACCCCAUUCUACCCCUCCUUUUAAAGAAAUGAAAAUCCGCCCUUGACAAGGAUUGUCAGACAAAAUACAGCAAAAAGCAGUUUACAUCGCAAUAACCCAAGCUAUAUACCCAUGCGUCUAGUUAACCACCAUUGUGCCCUAUUAAUGCACCCUACUUUGUUAUUUUACUCUGUCUAAUGCCACACAAUUUUACUUGUCAAGGGCUGGGUGAUCACUGGCGAUCAAUGGGUUAAUAUGAAAGCUGGAUGGGGAAACCCUACCAAUAAAAACGAUGUUACAGUAUGUAUAUAGAUAAAUUUUGUUUCAUUUUCUAGGUUUCUAUGUGAGAGCAGUGUUGGACGCAAUCGUUCAGUCCAACAAAACACACGAAUGGGUUAAAGUUGAAUUGGAACAACAGAGCGAGAAACAACCGUUUUAGCGAACAUUAUAAAAAUGACAUUAUAUGAAUUCUCAUUAUAUAAAGUUCAAUGCAAAUUAUUUAAAAGUAAAAUUUGUAUCAUGUAAAUUUCCGUCAAUACAAGGCAUAAAUUCAAAUAAAGAUACUUGUGGUAAAAAACGGUUCUUCUCAUGUCCCACUGACUUAAGCAGACUAUCUACCCAUGUGUCAACCAUUAAGUUGCAGUGUGCCCAACGGCACAAUACUUUAUUAUCUGACUUUGUCUAAUGCCAGACAAUUUUACUUGUCAAGGGGAGAGUGCUUGAUGCUCAAUGGGUUAGUCUGCCCAUGUGUCUAGUUAACGCAUUCUACCCUAGUAUGCCCUACUUUAUUAUUUUACUUGGAGAUUCAGAGUGUUGCCGCUGAAUGGGUUAGAAAGGGGGAAAUCCACUACAUAGGAAAGUAGGAAAAUAUGCCAGACAAUUUGCAAGACAGGUGGAAAAGUGCAAGGCAACUAGGCAAGUCAUGUAAAAUAAUAAUAAUAAUAAUUCCAAUUUAUAUAGCGCAAAUUAGCCAUUUAUAUAUGAUCAAAUGCGCUGUACAAUAAAGUAUUAAAAUAGUUAAAAUUGAAGUAUACCUAUCUAUGUAUUUAUGUCAAAAGCUAAUCUAAAUAAAUGUGUCUUUAAACUCUUUUUAAAACUGUUAAAACUGUCCGUAUUUCUAAUGUGACAUGGUAACAUGUUCCACAGUUUUUGGGCAGCAGAUGUAAAUGAUCUGUCUCCCAAUGUUUUCUUGAAUCUAGCCCUUGGCUGUGCAAGCAGUAAACCUGUAUUAUUUGAUCUAAGACUAUAAGAUGACUUGUCUC